GCUUAGGUUUUGUUGUGAAAUUUUGAAAACUUAAUUCAGAGAAACUUCCUCUACUACUUAGUUGAUGUACUUGACGAUCUGAACAUCUGACGAUACCUAUUCGAGAGCGGUGUUCGUCAUCAUGGCGGAAAGCAUGUUGGAACAGUAGACUGUGUCGACUGCCUCGUGAAGAAGGGAUUUUCAUUUCCUGAUUAAUCAUACACAGCGUUGUCAUUAUCUCAACAUGUUUACCAUUUGUAUGAAACAGCCUGCAGUGGAGCCCAUGCAGGUGGACGCUGCACCAGAGGAGAAUGAUAAUGUUGAGGAGGAGCAACAUUACACUGUGGACAACCCCUCCGUGGAUUUAGAACAAUAUGCCUCCCAGUACUCUGGGCUGGCCAAACUCAACAGGCUGAUGUUCAUAUCGGACCACUGUCCGUCACUCAAAGUGGAAGCUCUACGCAUGGCUCUCACCUAUGUGAUGACGACCUACAAUACAAACCUGUAUCAAGUUGUACAUAGGAAGCUGCAAGAAGCUGUGUCAACGUCAUCUACUCUACCUGAUGCUGUGGCGGGAGCUGUGCACAAUGUGCCGGCGCUAGACACUCAGUGGAUCGAAACUACAGCCAAGAAGGCUGCCCUCAAGCUGGAGAAACUGGACACAGACUUGAAGAACUACAAAAGUAAUUCUAUCAAGGAAAGUAUACGGCGGGGCCACGAUGACCUUGGAGAUCACUAUCUAGACUGUGGUGACUUAAGCAAUGCAUUGAAGUGCUAUUCAAGGGCAAGGGACUACUGUACAAAUCCAAAACAUGUUGUAAACAUGUGUUUAAAUGUUAUAAAGGUUAGUGUGUACCUUCAGAACUGGUCUCACGUCCAGAGUUACGUGAACAAAGCAGAAGCGACACCCGAAGCCACAGAGCAUGUAAAAGAUGGGCAAUUCAUCCAGACAAAGUUAAGAUGUGCAGCAGGAUUGGCAGAUCUCGCUACUAAAAAAUACAAAUCAGCAGCCAAAUAUUUUCUUCAAGCUAGCUUUGAUCACUGUGAUUUUCCAGAGCUUUUGUCUGCCGGCAAUGUAGCAACGUAUGGUGCCCUAUGUGCCCUAGCUUCAUUUGACAGACAAGAGUUACAGAGAAACGUCCUUUCUAGCAGUUCUUUCAAACAGUUCUUGGAGCUGGAACCACAGCUGCGGGAUAUUAUACACAAAUUUUAUGAAUCCAAGUACGCCUCCUGUUUAAAGUUGCUGGAUGAAAUCAAGGAUAACUUGUUGUUAGACAUGUACCUGGCCCAGCAUGUAACAACGCUGUACACACAAAUAAGGAACAGAGCUCUGUGCCAAUACUUCAGUCCUUACCUGUCAGCGGACAUGAAGAAAAUGGCUGAAGCUUUCAAUACGACCGUCCCUGCCUUGGAGGAUGAGCUGAUGCAACUGAUUUUAGAUGGGCAGAUCAACGCUCGCAUAGACUCUCACAAUAAGAUCUUGUAUGCCCAAGAUGUAGACCAGAGAGCCACAACCUUCCAGAAGGCGAUAACAAUGGGGAAAGAGUACCAAAGACGGACAAAGGCCUUGAUACUUCGAUCUGCAGUGUUAAAAAAUCAGAUUCAUGUCAAGAGUCCACCUCGGGACGGGGGUACAGGAGGUGAGAUGUCCAUCGCACCAGGCAAUGCGUCAUCAGCAAGGAACUGAGGCAGGAUUUAAACUUUGAAGAACUCGUAAAUGUUCUGUUUUGUCCCAGCAUUCUGCUGGACAUGUGGCAGAUUUGAUCCACCACGAGUUGUCAUCAUCACCAGCAGCAGUAGCAGCAGCAUCUGCUGCCUGCUGCAUCUCUUGCGUGCACAGCGGCGUACCAUAACGCAGCUCUGCUUGGUCAUAAACUGUGAUACCCAGUGAAACACUGUACUUUGGGCCUCUACCAGACACAGUCAUAGACAGAUUCUGUGGGAGUGGUACAGAAUCGCAGAAAUGUUCACAGCGUUUCGUUGUGGAUUACUUACAUACCUUAUAAAUAUAUAUGCAAAGCUGAUGAUACUGAAUGAUGGAUGUCAAAGUGCUCAAGACUAAGAACUUUGAACUAGUGCUACUUACAAUAUCAUGUAGAGGACUUCUUCAGUUCCUCACUAUCCAAGACUUAUCGUAAUUGGUUUGACUUACAUCCGCAAUAGAUAUCUUAUGAUGUUAUUUUGGAAGAACUGUAUGUACCCACGUAUCUGAUAUGGUAUCUGAUAAAGCAACGAGGUUUUUGAAAAUGCUAUUGUUGGCUUGAUUGUUACGUUUUGCCAGUUGUUACUGUCAUGCCAAACCCAGUUAUCUCCCCUUGCUGUGCCAUGUAUCCCACCAGGGACUAAUGUAUUUGUGUGAUAUACAGUUUGACAAAUAACUUUACAAAUCAUUAAAAAAUAGCAUGGGAUAUGGUUCACAUAAAUUCCAAUUCAUUCGUGUUGAUUUACAAGUACAUGUAAUGGCAAACCUGUCCCCAAAAUGUACAAGUAUAUGAUAUUGCAUUGGUCCUUAAUCUGUUUAAAGUAUUCAAGAGAUGUGUGAAUAUCCUCUGUAAUAGAAUAAACAUUCCUUUGUGACAGAAACACGUAGGUUUGAAACUAGAUUAUUUCAUUCUCAGCUUAUCAAUCACUAUAACUGACAUAGUUUUAAAAGCUAUUUGCCAAAAUUAUUUUCAUAACGUGAUUGUCAUUUUGGACUAGUUAACAUGUUAAAUAAAUGUUGAUUGCAUUGAAGCUGCAAAAUCAUUUUCAGUAGACAAAUAUGUAAAAUUUCAUUAUUUUGCCUUCAAGAUUUCUAAAUUCAACAUAUCAAUGAUGUUGUAUAUUUGCUGGAUUAACUCAGAGAUGAUGGUCAGAUUUGAUUUCAAAAUAACCAACUGAAUUUUGGAGGUUUGAGUGUGAAGUAUCCAGAAAACAGGUAUUUGUAGACUCAAGCAGAUCUGGUAAAAUUGAUCCUAAUUUGAAUUUGAACGACAGUCAAGCUACCUACUUGUAGAUGGAACAGUUUGUGUAUAUACUGUGAGUUAACAAAGGUUUUCAGCAAUAUUGUUCUGUGUACAAGUUUAUCUUCAAGCCAUAUUGUCUACACUCCGCUUCAUAUGAAAUAAUAUAGUAACACUACAUUUAUGAAUAUAGCUCACCAGAUUGUCAUUGUGACUCUAAACAAGGAACGGGAAGACUGUUUUCUGCUUAUGGAUAAUGUAUAUUUUAAUGGAUUUCUUACAAAUUUGAGCAAUUGUGCCUGGCACAGAAUGGUCGAGGGUUUGAAACAUUGUUAUUCUUUGUACCAGUAUCUAUAAAUACAUCAUGUACUUGAUCAGUGUUUAUUAUUUUUAAUACGGUAACCAUGGUAACAGUGCUUCAAACUCCUCAGCAUAAUGGUAUUUAAAAUGGUUCUUGUUUAUUGUAUUUUGAGAGUUCAAGAGUCACAGGUUUUCUUGAUUUCAUUAUGUGUAUUGUCCAGUUACCAUGAUUGAACAUUCAGGUUUUUAAUGCAAGUUGUAUCAAAAUAAAGCCGAAAUUGACCUGUUAGGAAUGGCUGUCAAUACUCAUAUUACUCUGUAUACUGUUUAAAUUGUUGCCAUAUUUGUUGCAUUUGUAAAUUUUCCUCGAGUUCCUGAAUUGACAAUACUACUGUGGCUCUUAUAUGGUAAUAGGUCUUUUACUGAAAUAUUUUAUCAUUCUUGUGUUAAUGUGAAUGAUGCUAUUCACCACCAAAUCUUUCACUAGAAAUCUCAUUGUAUUUAAGUAAAGAGUGACCUUGAUGUACAUGAUGAAAAUGUUAAUUUGAAGAUCAUGUUUUGAUAUGAAAUGUAGCUGUGGGAAAUACACAGUGGAUGCACA